AUGCACCAUGAGAGCGUUGUAGUUCAGAAUCUGCCGUUGCUCCUGCGGGAGGAGGUGGCGCAGCUGCAGGAGGAGGUGCAGCUGCUGCGUCAGAUGAAGGAGAUGCUGAGCAGAGACCUGGAGGAGACACAGGGAGGCUGCUCCGCUGACCUCCUCUCAGCCACAGAGCUGCGAGUCCAGCUGGCCCAGAAGGAGGAGGAGCUGGACCGAGCUAAAGAGGCUCUGCAAGCCAUGAAGUCGGACCGGAAGCGUCUGAAGGCGGAGAAGGCCGACCUGGUGAACCAGAUGCAGCAGCUGUACGCCACACUGGAGAGCCGCGAGGAGCAGCUACGGGACUUUAUCCGCAACUACGAACAACACAGGAAGGAGAGCGAGGACGCGGUGAAGACUCUGGCCAAAGAGAAAGACCUUCUGGAGAGAGAAAAGUGGGACCUGAGGCGGCAGAGCAAAGAGGCCACGGAGCUCACGGUCCUGCUCCGUACUCAGCUGGACCUGAAGGAGAACCGCAUCAAAGAGCUGGAGGCGGAGCUAGCCAUGAUGAGUAACUGUGUGAAUCAGAGAAUGGAGUUCCGGCUGUCGGACAGAGACUUCCCCCCCAGGUUCAUGAUGGCAAAGCAGUCCCUGGCCACUCUGACCAAGGACGUCCCAAAGAGGCACUCCCUGGCCAUGCCAACGGAGGCGGUCGUCAACGGGAACAACCAGGAGUGGGUGAUGCAGGCCGACCUCCCCCUCACCGCGGCCAUACGGCAAAGUCAGCAGACCCUGUACGUGCACACGGGACAUCCCUGUGACAGACAAGUGGCCUCAGUUCGCCUCAGCCCGUGUCACUCCCGUCAGCCUUCUGCUCCCUCUGACGCCUCGGUCCUGGACGGCGACCGCUCCUCCACGCCCAGCGACCUCAACUCUCCACGCCACCGCACACACUCGCUCUGCAACUCCCUCGAAGAUUUGGAGGAGGCGAAACGCAAGAAGAAGAAGGAGAAAAUCGGCCUGGGGUCUCUGUCUCGCGUCUUUACCCGGGGAAAACAACGCAAGUCUAUGGACCCCGGUUUGUUUGAUGACUCUGACAGCCCGUCCAGUCCGACCCGUCACUCCCUGAGCCUGUCUGAUGGGUCGGAGGAGCAGUUGGAUCGGCUGCAGCAGGUGGAGCUGGCCCGGACCACCCCCAUGUCCCAGUGGAAGGCCGGGGCGGUGCAGGCCUGGCUCGAGGUGGUCAUGGCUCUGCCCAUGUACAUCCGCAGCUGCUCAGAGAACGUCAAGAGUGGGAAGGUUUUGCUGGGUCUGACGGACGAAGACCUGGAGGUGGGUUUGGGAGUCACCAGUCUGAUGCACCGCAGGAAACUCCGUCUGGCCAUUGAGGACUACAGAGAUGCAGAGAACGGGAAAGGCCUGUCCAAAGCCGCGGACAUGGACCAUCACUGGGUGGCGAAGGCGUGGCUCAGUGACGUGGGUCUGCCUCAGUACUCGCAGGCCUUCCAUAACCACCUGGUGGACGGGAGAGUACUAAACUCUCUGACCCGACAUGACCUAGAGCGCCACCUCAACAUCAGCAAGAAGACCCACCAGGUCAGUGUGCUGCUCGGAGUGGAGCUGCUGCACCUGCUCAACUUCGACAAAGAGGCUCUGCAGACUCGCCGUCUGCAGUGUGAGCACCAGAACAUGGACCCUCUGGUCUGGACGUCCCACAGAGUCGUCCGCUGGAUCCGGGACAUAGACCUCAAGGAGUUUGCAGACAACCUCCUGAACGGCGGCGUCCAUGGAGCCGUGAUGGUUCUUGACCCAACGUUCAAUACAGAAACCAUGGCAACAGCAUUGGGAAUCCCCAGCAACAAACACAUGGUCCGACGCCACCUGGUGGAGGAGCUGAAGAACCUCAUUGGCCCAGCAAGGGCUGAGGCAAAGCUGGACUUUGAGCGUCUCAGCCUGGGGACCCCUCCCACGCCGCUCCGACACAGUUCUCUUCAUCGUCAGCACUCAGGACGACACUCUGAGGACGAGGGUUCACUGAGGAGGAGGGCCGUCAAGCCUCCGUCGGGGUUCAGCCCAAAAGCUCGUAAUGGACGGGACCUGAGUUGCCACAGCAGUUUCGGAUCCCUCCCCAGAGACCAGACUCCUCCCACCGCAGACGGAAGCCCAGUCCGAAGCUACGCUAACGUUGAGGUCACCAACGUCUGA